AUAAGGCACUUCUCUAACCAGCAAUCAUGGGGUCAGUGGAGCCAGAGAACCAGCCCUUGCUACCCAGACUUAAUUCACAUUCAAGAAUUCCAGACUUGUCAUCUCAGGCAAUUGAGGAAUUCUUGGAACAAAGGACAGUGCCUCUAAGAUGGUGGCCCCGCCUUGUUGCAUGGGAAUCAAGGCUCUUAUGGUUAUUAUCUUGGGCUUCUAUAAUCGUCUCCAUAUUCAAUUUCAUGCUUAGCUUUGUCACCCAAAUGUUCUCUGGACAUUUGGGUGCUGUAGAGCUUGCUGGUGCUGCCAUUGCCAAUGUUGGAAUUCAGGGUCUUGCUUAUGGGAUUAUGCUGGGCAUGGCUAGUGCUGUGCAAACGGUGUGUGGCCAAGCCUAUGGAGCCAAGCAGUAUUCAGCAAUGGGCAUCAUAUGCCAGAGAGCUAUUGUCCUGCACUUGGGAGCAGCUGUUCUCCUCACAUUCCUCUACUGGUUCUCAGGCUCAGUCCUUUUAGCUAUAGGGCAAUCGAAGGAAAUCGCCGAGCAAGGACAAAUUUUCGCCCGCGGUUUGAUCCCUCAGAUAUAUGCAUUUGCCAUAAGCUGCCCUAUGCAGAGGUUUCUUCAAGCUCAGAACAUUGUGAACCCUCUAGCAUACAUGGCUGUGGGGGUUUUCUUAGUUCACAUCCUUCUUUCUUGGCUUGUUGUUUUUAAAUUGGACUAUGGGCUUAUAGGAGCAGCCUUAACACUAAGUUUGUCUUGGUGGCUUCUUGUCAUCUUAAAUGGACUCUACAUUGUUCUGAGUCCAAAAUGCAAGGAAACUUGGACUGGCUUAUCUAUAAAAGCGUUCAGAGGAAUUUGGCCUUAUUUCAAGCUCACACUUUCCUCUGCUGUCAUGCUCUGUUUGGAGAUAUGGUACAGCCAAGGAAUGGUACUCAUAUCAGGCCUUCUACCAAACCCAACAAUCGCGCUAGACUCCAUUUCCAUUUGCAUGAAUUACUUGAAUUGGGACAUGCAAUUUAUGCUGGGCCUAGCAGCAGCCACCAGUGUUCGAAUAAGCAAUGAACUGGGGGCUGGCCAUCCAAAGGUUGCAAAAUUGUCAGUGCUCGUAGUGAAUGGGACUAGCAUUAUUAUUAGUAUAAUUUUUAGUGUCAUUGUACUGAGUUUUCGAGUUAUAUUGAGCAAACUCUUUACAAGUGACACUGAGGUUAUAGAAGCAGUUUCCGAUUUGACUCCUCUGCUUGCCAUCUCUGUUUUGCUCAAUGGUGUUCAACCUAUACUCUCAGGUGUGGCUAUUGGCAGUGGAUGGCAAGCUGUGGUAGCCUAUGUUAACCUAGUCACAUACUAUGUCAUUGGUCUCCCCAUUGGAUGUGUACUUGGUUUCAAAACCAGUUUAGGAGUAGCAGGUAUUUGGUGGGGGAUUGUCAUUGGAGUUAUUUGCCAGACAAUAACUUUAAUUAUUCUGACUUCAAGAACAAAUUGGGAUGCUGAGGUUGAAAAAACUGUUAAACGGUUGGAUGAGUCUGCAAGAGAGGCCUUGGAAUCCGUGGCCAAUACUUAAUUCACACCAUAGGUUUCCUUUUAUCAUCUCUUUCUUUUCUCUUAUGGAUACAAGUUGCUCUUUCGGUGUCCUGAAGAUAAAAGGGAAAGAAUCCAAUCGUUCUUCUUCAUCAGCCAAGAAUUGUUGGGUUACAAUUAUCCAAUGGUGCAUCUAAGUCUAACUGUUAGAUUUACGAAAUUAAUGGCAUGUAAGAGUUGGGGUGGGAGAGUUUUAUAAGAUGGGGAAAAGCUUUCCCUUCUUUUGCAGUUCAAAGCAAGUAAAAAUUUAUAGUUGGAUCAUCAAUAUUUAUAAUAUAAACUAUGAUUAUUGUCCUC